AUGAUGUCGAAUGAAGCCACCGACAGGGAUAAACCCGUGUUUAUCCCAGACUUAUUACGUGAAGCAAUACAUAUACGAACACCAUGGGUUCGGAAUGCACUUUCGGAAUUUUUUGGCACCUUUCUGCUCCUGUUUAUUGGUAUUGGUAUUGUAAUGCAAUUUGUGCUAUCCAAUGAGCGACUAAACACUUGGGUUCAAAUCAACUUCGGUUGGGGUUUCGCCAUAUCUUUUACAGUAUAUUGUUGCGCUAAAACGUCAGGUGGACAUUAUAAUCCUGCUGUCUCGUUGGCAAUGGUCACUUUUGGCAGACUUUCUGUACGCGAUUUCUUUAUAUAUAUCAUAGUCCAAACACUUGGCGCUUUCGUUGGAGCUGCAGGUGCUUAUGGGAUUUACUAUAGUAAGUUUUGCUAAAA